AUGUAUCUGCGGCAGAGAAGUAAAGCAACAUGGUUAAAUCUAGGUGAUGAUAACACCUCAUACUUUUAUUCUGUUAUUAAGCAUAGAGUACUUAAGCAAUACAAAGAGUUAUUAGGGAAGAAGGCUUCUAUAAGGACAGGAGCUCACCCAAAGUUGCUCAAGAAAGGAAACACCCUCUCUAUUGAACAACAGGUUCAGCUUAUACAAGAGUUCACAGAAGCAGAUGUCAAAGCAGCUAUGUUUAGCAUUGAUAAAAAUAAAAGCCCUGGACUAGAUAGUUUUGGCAAUGGUUUUUUCAAAUCUUCUUGGAAUAUUGAGGGGAAAGACAUAACUGAGAUUGAUCUUAGGAAGGCUUAUGACAUGGUAAGCUGGGAAUUCUUAGAGGAAGCAUUAAAGGGGUUUGGAUUUCCUGAGAAAUUCAUUAAGCUGAUCAUGACAUGUGUUUCUACUCCAAAGUUUACUAUUAAAGUAAAUGGAGAGGGACAUGGAUAUUUUGAUGGAAAGAGAGGAGGUCUUAGACGAAGAGAUCCUAUUUUUCCCUUAUUGUUUGUAUUGGUGAUGGAAUAUCUUACUAGAGGGGAUGAGGAUUCAGUUAAUUUAGUGAUAGAGGCAUUGGAUCAUCUCAGUGUUGCUACAGGGCUUAUAAGCAGCAUGGAUAAGUCACAUAUGUUUGUUGCUGGACUGACAUAG